GUUGUGCACUGCCAGCAAUCGAAAAACUCGUGGUUUCUGUUGGUGUCUCGAAACGGUGUUUAAGUGCAAUUUGGUUUUAAGAGAAUUUAUUACGCUUCCCAAGGGAAAGGCUGCUUAGCUUUUAGCGAUGGCGUCGCGGAUAUUUCGUGCACACGGCGAAUUCUGUGCGACGCAUCCAUGGGAAGUGAUCGUUGCGACUCUCACGCUGACGGCGUGCAUGUUCACGAUGGACCAGCAGAGUACCUCGCCGCCGCCGAAGCCGACGUUCAGGUACUGCGCCGGAUGCAUCCACGAGGCCGAAUAUAAUGCAGCCGAUGUUAUUGUUAUGACAUUAAUACGAUGCCUGGCAGUUCUCUACAGCUACUAUCAGUUUCGUAAUCUGCAUAAAUUAGGAUCAAAAUAUAUUCUAGGUAUAGCCGGCCUUUUCACGGUGUUUUCAAGUUUCGUGUUUACAACGACAGUCCUGAACAUACUACGCAUAGACGUGACCGAAUUGAAAGACGCGCUGUUCUUCUUCCUUCUUCUGAUCGACCUGUCGAAGGCCGCAGUGUUGGCUCAAUUCGCCCUGAACGCCUCCAACCAGGAAGAGGUGAGGAGCAACAUCGCUAGGGGCAUGUCUUUGCUUGGGCCCACGAUUACUCUGGACACGAUUGUUGAGACGCUCGUCAUCGGUGUGGGAACGCUAUCAGGGGUGCAUCGUUUGGAAACGUUGUCCUGCUUCGCCUGCCUUUCGGUUUUGGUGAACUACAUCGUUUUCAUGACGUUCUAUCCGGCGUGUUUAUCAUUAAUAUUAGAGUUGUCACGCACAACGAAUUUGUAUGAUAAAAAGCACUCUUUCAUAAGUGCGUUUAAAGAAGAGGACAAAUCCAACCCUGUGGUACAAAGAGUAAAACUGAUCAUGUCAGCGGGACUGAUGUUAGUGCAUGCGCAUAGCCGUUGGCCGUUUAAAGAAGUCGACUCCGAUAAUAUUGGAUCACUUGUGGACCAGCAUAUGACUCAAAAUCGUACCGAAGACACCGCAUUACAUGGAUAUAUUAUGAAAUGGGUAACGCUUAGUGCCGACCACAUCGUGAUUUUGAUACUUCUACUUGCGCUAGUAGUGAAAUUCAUCUUUUUCGAAAACAAAGAAGACCUGGUUGACCAAUUGAGGGCGUCUAUGACAGAAACUUCUAACGUACCAAGGAAAUACAGAAGCAAAUAUAACACAAACAUGCCUUUCUUGAAACCACCACACACCUUCUUCUUGUCCAAGAAACAAAUCAGUGACAUUUCCGAUGGUAAGUUCCUCCUAAGCCACCCCGAGAACUCACUUAACGAUUCUAAAUUUCUUCCAGACGUUGUAUUUGAAGACAAAGAGGUGCAGACCCACUCACGCUGUGAGUCGGACGUGGAGAGUUCGUCUCCCGAAGACGACACUGCAUUGAAAGUAUGCAGGAACAUAGAGGAAUGUUUGAAAAUUUCUAAUUCGGAAGUAGGGGCUAAAGAACUAACGGAUGAGGAAGUUAUUUUGUUGGUUAGAAACAAGCACAUCACAAACUAUCAGAUUGAAAAGGCUGUUGAAGAUCCAGAGAGAGGUGUAUCCAUCAGAAGGAAGAUUUUAGGCGUUGACGGCAACUGCAUGCGGGCUUUAACUGAUUUACCGUACAAAAACUACGACUAUGGCAAAGUUAUGGGGGCUUGCUGCGAGAACGUCAUUGGAUACAUGCCAGUUCCAGUGGGAUUCGCUGGACCCUUAAACUUGGACGGUAAACAGUUCUUCGUUCCUAUGGCCACGACUGAAGGUUGUUUGGUCGCCAGUACCAAUCGAGGUUGUAGAGCUUUGCUGGCUAGUGGUAUCACCAGUAGGAUUGUAGGGGAUGGUAUGACCAGAGGUCCUGUUGUUAGAUUCCCUUCGUUAGCCAGAGCUAGUGCGGCCAAGAAAUGGAUGGAGGAUCCAGCUAACUUUUUAUUAAUGAAAGAAAACUUCGAUGAUACAAGCAGAUUCGCUAGGUUGACCAAAAUCUUCGUCAAAAUUGCAGGAAGACACUUAUUCAUCAGAUUCGAAGCAACAACGGGAGACGCUAUGGGAAUGAACAUGCUUUCUAAAGGAACCGAGAAAUCUCUCAAAUUCGUAAAAAAAGAUUUUUACCCAGACAUGGAAAUUUUGAGCUUAAGUGGCAACUUUUGCACCGACAAAAAGGCGGCAGCUAUCAAUUGGAUUGAAGGAAGAGGAAAGUCGGUAGUGUGUGAGGCAGUGGUUCCAGCUAAAACAGUCACGUCAGUACUUAAAACAUCUGUUCACGCCUUGGUUGACGUCAACACUACCAAGAACAUGAUUGGAUCAGCCAUGGCAGGAAGCAUAGGCGGUUUCAACGCACAUGCAGCCAACGUGGUCACUGCAAUUUACAUCGCUACCGGACAGGACCCAGCUCAGAACAUCGCUAGCAGCAACUGCAUGACACUUAUGGAACCUUGGGGUGAAAAUGGGGAGGAUUUGUACAUGACAUGCACAAUGCCCUCAAUUGAAAUCGGAACGGUUGGAGGUGGAACAGUAUUACCAGCCCAAGCAGCUUGUUUGGAAAUGCUGGGUGUGAAAGGUCCACAUCCUGAGACUCCUGGGGAAAAUGCGAGCCAACUUGCUAGAAUUAUAUGUGCGACUGUCCUGGCGGGCGAGCUGUCGCUGAUGGCUGCUUUGACUGCCGGACAUUUAGUGAAGAGUCACUUACGGCACAACAGAUCCACCACAACGAUACCAGAGAAUUUUAGUCAUAUUAGUAAUAUUCCACCAUGUAAAGACAAUAUAUAAAACAGUGAUUAAUAGUAUUUAAGUUUUAUUUAACAAUUAGUUAUUAUUUUAUUAACUAUGUAAUUAUCAUUGUGCUUAUUUCUCUUAUGUUGUGCCAGGUGUGUAAAAUAUGUUAUUUAGUGAAUGUUCAUACACUCAGGUUCAGCUAUUUUUUUAUUGUUAUUGUUUUUUAUUUCUAUGUAAAUAUGUUAUGAUCUGUGAUGAUCACUCUUUCUAUCUAAAUUUAUAAGAAACAUGCAAGAUUACAGAUUUUCUUCAAAAUGAGUCCGGUGUUUAUUUGUAUAUUGUAUAUAGAUCUGUGAUGAUCACUUAGCUUCUUCCAAGUAUUUAAUAUUGUUGCUUGUUUCUGAAUUAUCUUCAAGUUUUAUAGUGAAAGAUAUCAUUGAAUAAAUUAUAUGUA